AACUGCUUCCGUGUUCCGCGCGCUGUUUCCGGCAGCUGUGAGUUGUCGAAUCUUUCGGAAGCGCAGCGGAGCUUCAUCCUCCUCUUCAUCCUCUUCAUCAUGCGCUGGUUCGAGGGCUCGAUCCCGGCGGCCAUCGCGGCAGCUAAAGAGCGCAGAUGCGUGUUUGUGGUGGUGAUCACAGGGAGUGAUGGUCAGUCCGCUCAGCUGAUGUCCGGCUGGGAGACAGACAGUGUGUCCGAAGCGGCUCAGAACUGCUGUGUGGCCAUUCGACUGGACGCUCAGAGUGAGGCGUGUGUCCAGUUCUCUCAGAUCUAUCCGGUGGUGUGCGUCCCGUCCAGCUUCUUCAUCGGAGAGAACGGCGUUCCUCUGGAGGUGAUCGCAGGCAGCGUGACGGAGGACGAGCUCCAGCGCAGGAUCCUCAGAGUCACGCAGAUGCACACGCAGCAGAUUGAAGAUGCAGAGAGAGCGGAUCAGACGGACGCUCACGGCUCCGCCGCGUCUAAAGAAUCCCUGUCUGUGCCACCGGAGGAGCACCGAGCGUCAGGUCACGUGACCCCAGCUGAAGAGGAACCACAGCCGGACCAGGCCCUGGAUGACAAGGUGCAGAGAUUAACAAAGAAGCUGGAGGAAAGACGCGAGCAGAAGAAGAAAGCAGAAGAAGAGAAUGAGCUGAAGAAGGAGGUGGAGAGGCGUAAGACGGGGAAGGAGAUGCUGGACUUCAAGAGGCAGCAGGAGGAGGAGAAGACCAAGCGUCUGCUGGAGGAGAGGAAUCGAGAGAAGGCCGAGGAGCGAGCGGCCAGAGAGCGGGUCAAGCAGCAGAUCGCGCUGGACCGUGCUGACCGAGCGGCCCGUUACGCUCAGAGCCAGCAGGACGCGGAGGCGGCUCGACUAGCAGCGCUGCAGGCCCGAGACGCCAAGAGAGACGCCGCGCAGCGAGAGAGGAGUGCGGUUGCCAGGAUACAGUUCCGUCUGCCUGACGGCUCGUCCUUCACUAACCAGUUCCCAUCAGAGACGCGUCUGCUGGAGGCCCGGCAGUUUGCUGCUCAGGAGGUUGGGAACCGAUACGGUCAGUUUUCACUGGCCACCAUGUUCCCCCGGAGAGAGUUCACAGCUGAAGAUCUGGAGAAAUCACUGCUGGAGCUGGAUCUGGCCCCCAGCGCCUCCAUCGUACUGCUUCCUCAGUCCAGCCGCCCGUCCAACACUGUGGUGCACUCGUCUGCGGGCGGAGGCGUCUGGGCCAUGCUGGGGUCACUGCUGUACCCACUGCUGGCCGUCUGGAGGUUCAUCAGCGGCUUCCUGUUCAGCAGCCCUCCUCCACCUGCUGCAGCCCAGAACCAACCUACGACAAACACGUACGGCUCCAGCGCUGCCGCAGAACCACAGAGAGAUGCGGUUCGUAAGAGAGUUCAUGAGAAGAGGCCUGAGGACUUCAAGAAAGAAGGUAAAAUAUACCGACUACGGACUCAAGAAGACAACGAGGACGACAACAACACCUGGAACGGGAACUCCACGCAGCAGAUGUAGCACGGCGAGCCUCUUGUUUGAGUGUGUGUCAGUCUUAACGGUGGGUUUAUCAUGUAGGGCUGUGAUUUCCAUCCCCUCCCCUCCGGCUCCACCCCGCAUGGGUAAAUCAGAUCAGGUUAGCCUAACUCGCUUUAACAGAGAUCCUCUGCGUGCCCAACACUUCACCCAGGACGACUCCAGGCUGGAGAAACACAGGUCCGAGGCUUUGAUGCAUUAGCUGCAUCUGUUAUUGCCUGGAUUGAUUUAAUACAGUAACCAGCGCUGUGAAUGCGGUCUGUUGUGAAUAUCCGGCGGUUUGUGGCGUUUUAUUUGGUGGAUUUGACCCCACAGCGUCAUCAACUGCCUCGGCAAUAGAAUGUCUUUCUACUAGUUUGAGCACAGAUGCUACUUGAUCCUUUAACGAUAGAAUAAAGAAUAAAAGAUGUUUUUCAAUGAAA